CAUUACACAUCACGCACCUUCAAGGCAUCUCCCAACAUAACCUUCUCUAUAUCUCAAAACAUAUCUAGCCUGUGACAACCAUGUUACUGUAUAUGGUCGGGUUGCUCAUCUAUCCCCUCACAAUCUUCUUUUUGCUUAACCCUGUCACAUCUCAAGUCUUUUCCGACAUCUCUUUCCAAUUUCUGGCUCAUAGACCAUCUGCCUCAAUACCUAGGUUUUAUUUGUGCAACUCUACGGGUUUUUGCUUCUCUUGACGACCACCACUACUGACUAUCUUGACACGAGAAGGGAGAUGUGACGUGACAUGCAUGC